UUGAUGUCAGUAUUAGUAAUAUUGUCAAAAAUGUAUGGUAUUGAAAACUAAACAUCUGUCACACUCUUUUACUUGUCAAAAGUUGCGGAAGGUAGUGGUUCAAGAUGUUGAUGCCAAAACAAAACCGUGUCUCCAUUUACGAGUACCUUUUUAAAGAGGGUGUUAUGGUGGCCAAAAAAGACUACCAUGCCCCCAAACACCCGGAUCUAGAAAAGAUUCCAAACCUCCAAGUUAUCAAAGCUAUGCAAUCCUUAAAAUCAAGAGGUUAUGUUAAGGAACAAUUUGCAUGGAGGCAUUUUUAUUGGUACUUGACCAAUGAAGGUAUUGAGUACCUUAGGAUUUUCCUUCAUCUGCCACCUGAAAUUGUGCCAGCUACCCUUAAGAGAUCAGUAAGAACUGAAACAGUCCGGCGUGGAGCCGUGGGCCGUCCUGAUGCUCCUGCUAGAUCUGCAGAAGACAGAUCAGCAUACCGUCGUGCACCAACCACACCUGGUGCACCUCAUGAUAAGAAAGCUGAUGUUGGACCUGGCACAGCAGACCUUGAAUUUAGAGGAGGAUAUGGACGCGGCAGGCCUACAUCCUAAAUUAAGUUAAAUAAAAAUAUAACCUAA